CAAUGAUGUUCGAAAUGAUAAGUACAGCUGGCAACGAAAGGAUCAUCUGACAGUCCGUACAGACUUUGCUCUUAAGAUGGCGGCAGCAAAAGGAAAUCAUUGGGUUAUGCUUGUAGCUGGUUCAAUGACAUGGAAAAUUACAGGCACCAGGCUGAUGUGUGUCACGCCUAUCAGAUCGUACAUCAGAAUGGGAUUCCUGACGAGCAGAUCGUGGUGAUGAUGUAUGAUGACAUUGCUAAUAAUAAUAAAAACCCUCAUCCUGGAAAAAUUAUCAAUAAACCAAACGGACUGGAUGUGUAUCCAGGGGUUCCAAAAGAUUACACUGGAGAGGAUGUAACACCUCAAAACUUCCUGGCUGCUCUCAAAGGAGACAGACGUGCUAUGAAAAAGAGAAAUCCAAAAGUCAUUACAAGUGGAGGAAAUGACACAAUAUUCAUCUAUCUGACAGAUCAUGGUGGUUCAGGCAUAUUUUGUUUUCCUAACGACAUUCUUCAUGCCAGUGAUCUCAUUGAAACAAUCAAGGAAAUGGCAAGAAAUAACAAGUUCGCAAAGAUGGUGAUAUACAUGGAAUCCUGUCAUUCCGGAUCGAUGUUCACCAAACUUCCCAACAACGUUCAUGUGUACGCUGUGACUGCAGCAAGAGCAGAUGAGGCCAGUUAUGCCUGUUAUUUUGACUCUGAGAGGGAGACCUUUCUCUCUGAUGAAUUCUCAGCUCAUUGGAUGUACUACACGGAAACGAAUGACCUUGAUAAUAAAACAUUCGGGGAUCAGUUUGGUUAUCUUCAGGAAAUGAUGAUGUCGUCUCACUCCUGCCGUUUUGGGGACAUGACAAUGGGUGGACAUCCGAUCAGUGAGUUUGUGAAUAACACCCCUCAAAGAGUUCGGAGCGAGACAAGAGCUUUGGGGUUUGCACCAACUCAUUUGACCUCUAACCAUGACGUGCCAUUCAAAAUCUUGGAGCACCGAAUUAAAACAGAAACUGAUGCAGGCAGGAAACAACAUCUGAAAAGAAAAUAUGAAGCACUUCAUAAGACUAAAGCUAAAAUUGAUGGAGACGUUGAAGCUAUCAGUAAGCACUUUAAAUGUGAUGAUUUGGAUGAAGAUUAUUCUAAGAUGGAUUUACAUGCAUUCAAAACUGUAGCUGAGCAUUUCAGGGCAACCUGUUUUGACUGGCACAAGGAAGAGUGUUUCACACAGUUUCAUAUCGCCUUGCCACACAUGCAUGCAUUUGCUCGUCUUUGUGCAUGUGGAGUUGAAUCAGAGAGGAUCAUCGAGGUCAUAACAAAAGUCUCCAGGAAAAGCUCAAGGAAACUCCAGCAAGGAUAUAAACAUCCUUAAGAGCUUAUGAAAUUUAGAUCAGUCUCAUCCUUACAUGUGAAACUAUUGAAAUUUGCUCGCAGAUAAUAACUUUGGUUAAAAGUAGAAAGUACAAUCUUUUUUUUUCGCCUAAAUUGAGUUAUUCACAUAUUCUUAUUCAGUUUAUUUACACUGUGAUGUUUUUUCUUCAUGCUGUUCAUUUUGGGACUUGUUUUAGAAAACAAAAAGCUUCAAACUACAAAGUCAAAUGAAAUGCAUAAACUUUGAAGCUCAAUAUCUCAAAACUGAUGCAGAUGAGAAUGCAGAUUUUGGAUUUCAGAAGUGUUCUUCUAUAUAAAUUAUGUCCUUCAAAGUGAUUCUGUCUGCCAGUUCUGGUUUAAGGGAUGGUUCACCCAAAAAAAAUUAUUCUUUUAUUUCUCAAAAAGUCAUGUUUUGAACCAUGUGAGGGUGAAUAAAUGGUGACUUUUAUUUUGGUAUAUUCCUUGAAGGCACAAAAAUGUGACAGACAAUUCCCAUAGCAGUGCAUAUUUGAUCAGGAUGUUUGGCUAUGCUUCAACAAUAGGAAUUACUAAUAAUUAAACUAUCCUUAGCUUACUCGAUAAACAGUGUUGGGCAAGCUACUUGGAAAAUGUAGUGAGCUAAGCUAACAGUUACUCUUCUUUAAAUGAAGCUUAACUACACUAAAGCUACAGCCCUGGGAAAUGUAGCAAGCUAAGCUACGGCAACAUGGCAAAAGUAGUUUACUACAUCUAAGAUAUUUUUAAAAAAUUCAUUUUUAUAUUGAACCAACAUCAUACCAAGUCAAUGCUCUCUCAGUGAUCAAUAAAAUCUGACAUUAUCAAGA